AUGAAAGGCAUUGCUGAUUUGCUAGACUCUGACAUGGAAGAAUCGGCCAACUUCAUUGACGAGAACUCCACACUCUCUUGUGCCUCUGACGCGGCUGCCACAACCGACUCAAAACCCACACAGGCUCAGAGAGGCAAGAAACGACAUCGUAUCACCAUGCCUGCGAAAUCAAAGUCGAAGGUCCAGAAAUCUGCCCCCGCGCAGAGCAGAAAGAAGUCGUCCAAACAAUCCGUGGCUGCGAAACAAAUGGCAAUCGAGGAUCAAAUCAUCAACGAUGGAGAUGGGAAGGAAGAAGACGAGGAGCAGGGCUCUGAGGCAGAACAGCAAGAUCCAGGUGCAAAGCCCAAAAAGGCAGCUCGUGAGGCAACUGGGAGAAAGGCGGCCAAAACAGCCAAAACAGCCAAAACAGCCAAAACAACUCGAGCGGUUGAAGAGGACUUGAUGGAGGUUGAGCAAUCACCAGUCAUGGUGAGUUCAAAACACGCAGUCAGCAGAAACAAUAAGGAUCCCCGGACAGUCACGAACAAAGCGAAAGCUACUUCAAAAAAGAAAGCGGUACAGCAAGCUCAGUCUGUGGUCCCAGAAGAACCGCAAGGAGAAAUCGAAGAGAUGGAAGAAGAGCCUGAGGCUGCUGUCAAAGAGCCCGCGCCAAAACCCAAAAUGGCCACCCGAGAUAACUCCAGAACAAGACAAGAGCCGGUGUACAUGCCGCGAGCAGGAAGCGCGUCAGACACCGAAAGAGGAGACCCCAGCCUGAGACGCAAAUUAGGCGACAUCACCCGAAAGUUCGAGAAUGUCGACCUCAAGUACCGCAAUCUCAAGGAGGUCGGUAUCAACGAGGCAAAUGCCAACGUGGAAAGACUCCGCAAGCAAUGUGAUGCCACGGUGCAAGCAUCCAACGAACUGAUCGCAUCACUCAAGAAGGAGCUGGCUGCACAAGUCCCUCUCGCACAGGAAGCUCGAAAAGUGAAGAAACAAAUGCAGUCUCAAGAGGCAGAAAUCAGCAGAAUGCGUGAAACGGUGUCAGAACUUGAGAGUUCUCUUAGCACCGCGCAGAAUGAAGUAAAGUCACUACAGGCAAAACUCGCAGCAGCGCGAGCGCCUUCGGUUGACCGGGCCAACUCGAAGCCUCCAGGAAGUGCCAUGAAGUCCUCUGCACAUCGCUCCGCCAUGAUGGGAAGCGCCGAAGUUGCUCAAGCGGCACAGAUCGCCCAGAUGAAGGAGGAUUUGUACAGUGACUUGACGGGACUGAUCAUCCGGAGUGUGAAGAGGACGGAUGAAGGUGAUACGUAUGAUUGCAUCCAGACUGGUCGCAAUGGCACAUUGCAUUUCAAGCUGUACGUCGAUCGAGAGGAUGCAAAAAAUACCAGUUUUGAAGAAACAGAAUUUCUGUACACACCUCUUUUGGAUGCUAAUAGGGACCGCGAAAUGAUUGAGUUGAUGCCGAAUUAUCUCACCGAGGACAUCACUUUCGCGAGACAAAACGCAGCCAAAUUCUACGGACGGGUAGUAGAUAGCUUGACAAAAAGACGAGCUGAUGAGUAA